UCCCUUGGUGUGCGGAUCACCGAUCACGGAAAGAGCCGAAGAUGUCGGCUCGGUCAUGUGAUCAGCUGUGGCACUGAUGAUCAGUGUGCCCUGAUGAUCAGUGUAGCCCCAGCAGUGCCACCUGUCAGCGUCCAUCAGUGCCUUAUAUCAGUGCCCAUCAGUGCCACAUAUCAGUGCCUACCAGUGCAUAUCAGUGCCCAUCUGAGCUGCCUUUCAGUGUCACCCAUCAGUGCCAGUCAGUGCCACCUAUCAAUGCCAAUCAGUGCCACCUAUCAGUGCUGCCAACCAGUGCCACCUAUCAGUGCCAGUCAGUGCCGCCUAUCAGUGCCAGUCAGU